CAGUAAUUCCGCCCUGUCGCAAGAUGGCGGCUGGUAGCGGGAGGCGGCGAGGUGUCCUGCGGCUGUUAAUGCGGAUCGGGUCGGUGUUGCUCACGCGUUUCCCGUUCUGGCACUGUCUCAGUGGCCUUCUCCUCAAUGCCGAGCGCGCCGAGGUUCGCCGGAAACCAGACAUCCCUGUCCCAUUUCUCUACUUUGAUAUGGGUGCAGCGGUUUUGUGUGCCAGCUUUAUGUCCUUUGGUGUGAAACGCCGAUGGUUUGCUCUGGGGGCUGCUCUCCAGUUGGCUAUCAGCACCUAUGCAGCAUAUGUUGGAGGUUAUGCACAUUAUGCGGACUGGCUGAAGGUGAGAAUGUAUUCACGAACAAUAGCCAUCAUAGGGGGAUUUCUGAUCUUGGCAAGUGGCGCUGGUGAGAUCUACCGCCAGAAACCACGAAACAGAUCACUGCAGUCUACUGGGCAAGUUUUCAUUGGAAUCUACCUCAUUUGUGUGGCCUACUCUCUUCAGCACAGCAAAGAAGAUCGCCUGGCCUAUCUUGGUGGUAUCCUGGGUGGGGAGAUCCUCCUACAACUUCUCUUUGUUCUCUAUGGUGUCCUUGCUCUGUCCUUUCUAUCUGGUUAUUACAUCACCACAGCUGCUCAGAUCCUGUCGGUAAUUCUCCCUCUGGUCAUCCUCUUCAUUGAUGGCAAUCUUGGUUACUGGCACGAUUCCCGCAGAGUUGAAUUCUGGAAUCAAAUGAAGUUGAUUGGCCAGAACGUUGGGAUUUUUGGGGCUUCCAUCAUUUUGGCCACAGAUGGCUGAGCAUAACUCAGGGGACUUGAGGAACUACGCUUGAUUUCAGGCCAAGGAGAGGAGAAGACAUCCGGAGAAGGAACUGGGAUGAUUUUGAUAAAUUGCUUAUUUAUUUUUGGUUUUACUGCAUUGAUGAAACUCUUUGCUCCUUUCCGCUGGCAGCUGAUCGAACUUAUAUCCUUUCUUUAUAAUGUGGGGUUAUUUCUAUUUUUUUUAAAUUUUAUUUUUGUCAAGGACAGUUCAACAGCUGUCCUAUUUCUUGAGCAAUAGAAAGGAAAAGAUUAAGGUCUUUAAUUACAUCCGCCAUGGUUCAGGGUUUUGGUGUCCCCUAGUUGAAUUGAUUUAGACUUUUAUUUCCAGUCAUUCAGAAACUUGAAGAAAAAUUGAACAAAAUUUCCAUUUGGUAUGCUUCUGGAACAACACUCCUGGGUUGAGUAGACAGAGAUAUUUUAACUCUGGAUUCAAGACUAUGACUAUGCUAGUGGUGGUUUUUCAUAGAAUAUGUAGUUUUUUUUAUAUCAAGUGGGGCUUGUGAACCCUGAUAAUUCUCAAAGAGGCUAAGUUAAAUGGUAAAAUCUGUUCACAUUGGCGAACUUCUAUUCUACUUGUAUGAGCACAUUCCUGAAGCUGUAUUAUAUUCUUCCAGACAAGCAUGAAGUCCAAACAAUGACCAAUUGGGUAAAAUAUUGUUUUAUUCAUAGUGGCUUUAGGAGUGAAGAGACCCCCAGUAUUUAUAUAUUUAGUGAAUCACCUAAAAUCGAGGAAUAUUUACUGCUGAAACUGUUUGGUAAAAGGAAAGUCUGAUUUCGUGUUAAGUUCCUAUAGGGCAGAGUAUUUAGAGUUGGAUUCCAACUGGCUGCAAGUGGAGGAAAAGAAAUUUGGAUAUAAUUUUCCUGGAUUUAGAUGCCUCAAAUUUGUGGUACUGGAACUAAUUAGGAAUGGGCAAUAUUUGAAAUGGUAGAUGAUUGCAUCUCUGCCUCAUGAUUUUUAAAAUUAUAUGCCUGUUCUAUGACGGAAAAUGAUGGAGUGAAUUUGCGGGCUAUGGCUUUAUGCUUUUUUCAAAAAAAGGAUGUGAGGGAUUGGAAGGCCCUUAACUCAUCUGUCCCCAUCCCUAAAUUUUGGAAACUCCACUUUUAAGGCUAAUUUUAACUCAUUUUAAAAUAUUUUCUUUUGGAGGAAGGUUAAAAGUGGGGAACGGAAGUGAAAGGAAAAUGCUGGGAAUAUGUUAAAAACCUGGAAUAUGCCAAAAUCCAGGCAAAAUUGGGGCCAUUAUGGGAGAUGAGACUUAAUGAUGCAGGUAAGAGUGAGAAGUCCUUGAACCCGUCA